AUGUUCAAGCUUAGUUUGUGCCUUCUUUUUUUAGUGUUCGCCGUGGGAUUAUGUUUUAACUACAAGCCGUACACGGUUUCCAUUGUGUCCUUCAAUCAGUCGAAUGAAACUGGGGUAUUUGAUACAACCACAUUGCGUUUGAUCGGACGUGAACGGUUGGUGAACGGAACAGUUGAACUGAAAGAGGAUAUGGAUGAUAGCCACUGGAGUUUCGCGGGAGAGCUAUAUUUCAAUCCCACCGAAAAUAACAACUUCAAGCGGAUGGCCUUCAACAUUCCAUUGACACCCAUAUGCAAGGCGUUCAAAAACUACCGAAAGUAUUUCUCGAAACAUGCCGAAUACGGAAAGCAAACCAAUUUUCCUAUGCAUAUGGAUGUCUGUCCUGUUCCGAAGGGCACUUACUAUCUAAAAAACAUUCACCUGAACUCGGAUAACUUUCCACUCAUGUUGCAGCGCGGCUAUAUGCUAGGCCAAGGAUUGUUUUAUUAUGACGGCGUACACGUCGGCACCUAUUCCAUUUGCACGAUUUUGGAGGAUGUGGAUUGAAGUUGUGGAGGAGGAGGAAUCAAUAAAGUUAAGAUCACAAUAAGCUAACUUUGGC